AUGUCUCAAAAUGCUACCUCCAAUGCACUUUCCGCACCUUUGGACGCGACCUCUCCCUUGGACAUUCUCUCCUUGAUAUCCUCCCUCCUUUCCAUAUCUGCUCUCCGCGAAUGGCUCAAGCUCGGCAUCAUGGGGGGCGUUUUCGAGAUUUGCCGUCGUUUCUAUUCCAGCUUCAUACAAACCCUAAGAGACUUCUUCUGGCUUAGUGUCACAUUUGACGAAGACGAUGAUUGCUACGAAUGGAUAAUGUUCUGGCUAUCUCGCCAUCCAUCCUGGAGCAAAUCCCGUCGCGUGGAAGUCACAUCCUGGUCAUUUGGUCUUCUCUCAGAUGACUCUGAUGAUGAUGAGGAUCGGAUGAGCUUCAUACCAAGCACCAAUGCCACAUAUUCCAUGUGGUAUCACGGUCACUAUAUGGUCGUAUGCCGUUCGAUAGUACAAAUAUCGAGUUCAUUCCGGACAAAAGAGUCUCUCACUAUUGACAUUUUAUCACGAGAUCAAGCAGUCCUCAUGCAAUUGCUACUCGAAGCCAAGAGCGUGUACAAGAAAGCAAAAGAGAAAUUUAUCUCUGUUCACGUUUCCGAUGUCUCAAAUAACUGGCGUCUCAUGACCACGCGUCCAAAGCGCCCCCUCACUUCGAUCAUUCUUGAACCUGGAGUCAAGGAACUGCUCCUGAACGACGCACAAGAAUUUCUCGAAAGUCGAGAGUGGUACUCGGAACGAGGCAUCCCCUUCCGUCGUGGUUAUCUCUUGCAUGGCGCGCCUGGAUCCGGCAAGACUUCCAUGAUUCAAAGCAUCGCCGGCGAGCUGGGCCUGGACAUCUACAUCAUCACACUAUCACGCUCGAACCUCGAUGACAACGGCCUCAACGAGCUCAUCUCCGACUUGCCUCAAAAGUGCAUCGCCCUCAUGGAGGACAUCGAUGUUGCUACUAAGCGCGGUAUAUCGCGUGACCUUCCUCCAGGUCCUGGAGAGCAGCAAGCGCAUGACGAUAAACAAAACAAAAAGUCCUCCGAGGAAGACGCCACGAGCCGUAUUACCCUCAGCGGCCUGCUCAACGCCCUAGAUGGCAUCGGUGCGCAGGAGGGCCGCAUCCUUUUCGCCACCACCAACGACUACUCCGCGCUCGACCCUGCUCUCUGCCGGCCUGGGCGUAUGGAUCUACACAUCGAGUUCAAGCUCGCCAGCAAGGAUCAGGCAGAGGCGCUCUUCAACUGCUUCUACCUGCCCUCCCACGCUCGGCGUACAGAUGACGACACCACGGCAUGCUUUCCAACCGCUACCGCUGUAGAAGACGACACAGCAUCCGAGUCAUCCCCUCUGCUGGAAAAGUCCCCAAUUAGUCAGGGAUCAUCCGACGGUGCGAAGUCGGAUGAUAGCUGUGUCAUGCUGUCUCGCCCUAGGGGCACGUUCCUCUCGCCAGACACGGCUCACACGUUGGCGAUUCGCUUUGCCGAUGCCAUCCCCGAGCGCGAGCUCUCCAUGGCGAGCCUACAGGGCUACCUGAUGACUUAUAAGUCUCGUCCGCACGACGCGGUCAGAGACGCGCCGGCGUGGGUGGAGAAGGCACGCGCAGAGAGGCUGGCACGAGCAACCUCAAGUUCCACAUCUUGA